AUGAGAUGGUCGUGGUUCACGAACCCUCUCGCCUCAGGCAAUGAUUCCCUCAUGGGUCGGUUCACGCUGGCACUCGCUGCGGCCCCGCUGGGCGCGUCGCUCAUUGCCAUCUGCCUGUCCCAGGCCUGCGUGUGGAGGCAGCGGCGGAUCCACGCAGACGAGCGCUUAGGCACUCAGCUCGACGAGCUGCAGUCCCGCCUGAGAGAAGCGCUGGCGGUAGAUCGCGCCGUCCGGCUGCGCACCACCGCCAUCAGCCUCAGUCUUUCAUGGGCAUGCCUGUGCCUGAGCUCCUCCAGCCUCGAGAGCCGGCCUACCGACCACACCACGUACAAUGCCACACAUUGGGAUUAUAAACGGACGCUCGUCGACUACAUAAACCACCCUGAAGACCGGUACAGUCCUAAGCAAAAGAAGCGAAUUCAGAGCUUCUCUCAUGCGCUCGGAGAAUCGCUUCGAAAGGCUGCCGAUUCGAUGAACUUCUGCUCACUUCGCGACUCGAAUGACUUGGUCGGGUACCUUCCCGAGGAUUGCUUCAUCUUCAAACCGAGGCGAAAGCGUGCCCCACUGCACUGGUCUUCGUCAGUUGGACAUGGGAUAUCUUACUACGGCGACUAUGGUCUACACUGGCUGUACCUAGCCAGCGGCGGGAGUGAGAAUGCACAUGCAUAUAUCCAGGCGUACGCACCCGGAGAUGGCGUUUCGACCGAGUUCGUUGUCUAUCACCAACUCCGACCGCUGGGCAAAUAUGACUACGGUCGUGGGCUCGGUGGCUUGCUAACGCACUGCGAGGUCCGCUUUACCGUAGCACAGUCCACCUGCCGCCAGUGGGCCACGGAGCGGCCCCUGAUUGCAAACUUUGUCGGCCCGGCGGGAGUGGCGUGGAUGCCUCCCCGGCUGCUGGCAUGCCUCCUCGGAGCCGGGGGGCCCUUCUUUCUGUUGCUUGCCCUCCGGCCUAUCGACACCGCCUUUCACGCGGACUCCGCUGUAGGCGUCGCCGUGUUUGGCCUCCUAAUAUCGCAGCACUUCGCCCUCAUUCCCCUCUUCCAGCUGGGCCGCCACCAUGGAAUGCCGUCACAGAAGCUGCGGGCGGUCUUCGCGUACGCAUGGGCCUCGCUCGCUUACGGGCCUCCGCUCUGGGCGGCGUACCACUUUGCGGCGGCACUCAGCCUCCCGCCUCGCCGCGCGAUCAACGUCGCGUGGACGACCUUCGCCACCUGCUUGCGGUGGUCGUCGCGCAUCACGCUGGGCUACCUCGGUUUCGAUUUUGCCAUUUUGUGGGUCGACCGCGGCGCCGUCCCGCCCGACCUGUCCCCCUACGUCACGAUGGCUGUCAUCCACGCCCGCGCCCUCACCCGCGUCGUCGGUGCCGACCUGCUCGCACGUGUCCUCACCCCCUCUGUCCGCGGGCGCCUCUUCCGCGCGGUCGGAGGGUUUGGCCAACCCGCCAGCUCCCGUGGGCUCGCCGCCAUCGCUGCGCUGGUGACGCCCGCGUUGAACGGCUGGAGCGCACGACGAUGGUGCUCGGCGCUGCGUCGGACUGGCCGAGGAAGCGUCGAGGCGAACGUGCUUGCGGCCGCUGGCCGGUUUCGCGGCCUCCCGUGGUCUGCACUCGAAGCUCACCACCUCAGCUCGUCGCUCGGCUCCGCCGAGCUGAGCGCGGCAGCAGCGCCUGUCGAGCUCGGCGGUAUCGACGCGUUCAUCAGCCACUCGUGGAGCGACGAUGGCGACGCCAAGUUCAUGGCGCUGUCUCGCUGGGCGGCUGAGUUCGAGCAGCACGCGGGGAGAGAGCCCGUCUUGUGGCUGGAUAAGGCGUGCAUCGAUCAGGACGACAUUGACGCGUCCCUGCUGGGCUUGCCAAUCUAUGUCUCGGGGUGCACACGUUUGCUCGUGCUGGACGGGCCCACGUACUCAACGCGGUUGUGGUGCAUCAUGGAGAUAUUUUGCUUUGUCGUCCUCGGCGGCUCGCAGAACGACAUCGAGGUGCUGCCACUUGGGGCGCCGACGCCAGGGCGCAAGACCAUCCACGGCGCCGACUAA